UUAACGUCAUUUCCUUCCGAAAGAUGAAUGGGAGGGCUGAUUUUCGAGAACCGAAUGCAGAAGUUCCAAGACCAAUUCCCCACAUAGGGGCUGAUUACAUUCCAACAGAGGAAGAAAGAAGAGUCUUUGCAGAAUGCAAUGAUGAAAGCUUCUGGUUCAGAUCUGUACCUUUGGCUGCAACAAGUAUGUUGAUUACUCAAGGAUUGAUUAGUAAAGGAAUCCUUUCAAGUCAUCCCAAAUAUGGUUCCAUCCCUAAACUUAUAUUUGCUUGCAUCAUGGGAUACUUUGCCGGAAAGCUUUCCUAUGUGAAAACUUGCCAAGAGAAGUUCAAAAAUCUUGAGAAUUCCCCUCUUGGAGAAGCUUUACGAUCAGGACAGGCACGACGCUCUUCACCAACUGGGCACUAUUCUCAGAAGUCAAAAUAUGACUCAAAUGUGAGUGGUCAUUCAUCUUUUGUGACAUCCCCAGCAGCAGACAAUGCAGAAAAAGAGAUGCUUCCUCAUUAUGAGCCAAUUCCAUUCAGUGCUUCUAUGAGUGAAUCUACUCCCACUGGUAUUACUGAUCAUAUUGCCCAAGUCAAAGUAAACAAAUAUGGAGAUACUUGGGAUGAGUGAAAAAUUGCAUCAUUGGACCUACUGAAGAAGUUUCAAUAUCCAGCUUCAUCUAGGUGGUCAUGAACAUCUGCAUGCUUUGAUCUCAGCAAGCAGUCUUCAUAAACACAUUUAAAACUAGAACCUGGGUUUUUGUGGUUUGGCUUAUGAAGAUGAUGUUUUAAAAGCUUACAUUUUAAUGUUAAUAUUGUGUGAAUCUAUUCAUUUUGGGGAACUCUUUGAAUGAUGGUAAUAUACCAUGAUUAUACACAGUUUGUGAAAUUGUUUUAAGUUACAGGGCAAGGAUACUCAGUUAUAAAACUAUGAAGAGAGUGUAAUGCUCUAGAAUCACUGUAUCUGAAAAUAAAUAACUUGCAUGUUGAGUUGGGGGGGAGCAAACAUAAUUUUAAGCAUUAAACUUUACAUCAAAAAUUAUUAAAAAAGCUUU